AUGAGCCAGGUCCCACAAAACGGAGACCACAUUGAGCUCCGCUGUUCCUUGGGGGACCUCCAGGUCACUAUCAAAGGGCCCCAGGCCCAGGCAUCUGCACUUCUUCAGAAGAUCACAGCUCCAAGGCAAGAGGAAUCUCAGGCUUCCCCAAGAACAGAGUCUUCCUUCGACCUGGUCUCUUCAAUUCCAGAAGCUGCCCAAUCCUCUGAGACUCGCUCCCAGAUUGCUGCAUCUUUUGCUCCCUGUCCUCGUGUUCAUCUGGCUCAGGCCUCUCGCCUCUCUGGUUCCAGCCACUCAGGUGAGGAUAGGAUCAGACGCGCUUGGCUGGCAGGUCAGUGGGCAAAGGCAGUUCAAGAAGGCAGAAUCUCGACACCAAACCGAUCUCAGCAGCUGGACCUUAGACCUAGGUUCUACGCAGUGGUCAGAGCCUCUGACAUCUCUGGUUCCGCACUCUGCAAGUCAGCUGCGGCUUACUGGAGAAUCAUCGAGGACUUGGCACAGUCUUCUUCCAUCAGCCACGCGUUCCCUUCAGAGAUUGAGGCCCAGGUGUACUUUGCAGUAGUCAUGGACGAACUAGACGGAGUUCUAGCAAUGGAGUUGUUGACGUUGGCCUCGGAGCAGAUUCAGCCCUACGUGCUGUCUUGGGUCCUCGAUCAGGGGGCCUCCGAAGCUGCAGAAUGCACUGUUUUGGUGAUUAUGAGGAGAGCAGGUGGCAUUUUGCUUGCCAUGCCAACAGGUUUUCUGCCUGCAGAACUGAUCGAGGAAGGAAAUGCUGGAGCCCCCGACUGCAUUUUUGGGCCAUCCAUGGAGUUCGAAGUUCCUGCAAUGUUGGGAGACUCUGGUGUGGUGGCUCCAACUGGGGAAGUUUUGCAAGUCAGAGUCAUAGACUGUUCAGAGGAUAUCGUCAGUUUCAUGCGCGAGUUCAGAGAGGGAGAGGAGGUGGUUUAUGCAUACGACGAAGAUACACCUUUCUCUUUCCCUUCCAUAGAUGCCCUAGUCCCGUUGGUCAGAGCUUGGGCCCUCUCAACGUCAGAGCGCAUGGCAAGUUUCUACUCUCCCGAGGAGUUCGAAGAGGCCGGCCCUACAGACAAUCCUCCACUCCCCAAGCCACCAGCCGCCAAAAAGGCUACCAGUUCCGCAGGAGUUCCAAAGCCAAAGAGGGCCACUACAGCCACUCUUUCAAAUCAGAUGGAGGAAGUCAUGGGCCUUUUGCCUCAGAUGUCUCAGCAGUUGACACUACUUGCAGAAAGGCAAAAGAGGUUAGAAGAUCAUCUGCCAACCAUGGGCAAGACAACAGCACUCCCUCGACCUUCCUUGGCCUCAGUUGCGAAGGCGAUGCCUCCACCUCCAAAGACAAAUACCAGGGCGAGCCUUGGGUUGUUGGCAUCCCCCGGAAUUGCGAAGCCUCCGGACUUAGCUGCCUUGGAGGAAGAAAAGGUGGUCCUGCCAGCCUCAUCCAACCAGACACAAGGAGAUGCACUAGCGCAAGCCGUCCUGGUCCAAUCUCAGGCUUUGACAAGCCUUGUAGCUCAGAUUGCUGGAGUCCAUGGGGAUCCAAUGACGGAGUUGGCCACUACGACUUCUGCAGGGGCACGUGGAGCUUCUGGCAGAGCAAAGCUGCAGGCCGAGCUGGCUCAACACAAGGGGAUCUUCUUCCGCAGUGUGAUGCAAAGCAUGUCCAGGCGGAUGGCACCGACUUCUUCUGCAGAUCUCAGCCCUCAGGAGUUGCUGGAUCGUGGCAUCUCUGGAGUGAGGUACCUGGAGCGCUUCGGUGGCUACUCUCGGCAGAGAGAAUUGGGGCAAUUGCAGUUCCAAGUCAUGACUGCCUUCGAUUAUUUGAUGGCGGGUCAGGUCGAAGCCGCUAUGGACACUGUGGCCUUAUUGGCUGUGACGAUCGAGCAGAGCAACUUGGACGGAGGACGCAUGGACCUUGCGACCCUAUUGUGCCUUCAGGAAGACCCUCCGGCGUCGAUUUUUGUCAGCAGGCAGAUGUCGACAACAUCUCGGACCCGGGCUUUCGCGCCUCUUGCGGAUCAACGCUGGGUCACUUGUGCUCUGGCUUUCUUGAAAGAAAUGGAGAUCAUAUCUUCCAAAAGGCUGGAGUUGGUAGGAGGGGGACCAAGGAAUGCUUCAGAGACUUCAUCCGAGAAUCCUCAGCCAAAGGCCAAGACAAAGGGGACCGGAGUCAAGCCUUUGGUUGGUACAAUCACUUUUGAUAGCUGGGCCAUUUGUCUGCCUAGGCUGUUUCUGAGAUGCCGAACUCGGUUUGGAUGGCACCUCAAGAAAUCUUUCACUGUCUGCUGGCAUGAAGCAGCUUCAUCGCCUGCCACAUCUUUUCCACUGCCUGUGCCUCACCCAGGGUGUUUCAGAAGCAGUGGCCCCGGUCUUUCAAAGAAGAGGUUGGCCGCAGUUGCACGUCAGAGGCUAUUGCAUAUCAUUGUGUAUGCCCUGAACCAUUUGUUCCUUGGCCGACAUCCCACUUUGAGUGAGAUUUGGAGGCGCCCCAACAUUCUGCAGCUUCGCGUUUUUCAGAGGUUGAGGUCGCUAAUAGAUGUGUGUGGAGCUUCCCAGGAAAGUUUCCCUUUGGUUCCUGGACGCUCCGGCCCAGAACUUGCUGCCUGUUUGCAUCAGCUUGAGAAGUUUGCGGAGCAGCAGCCAGAGCUGAGCCAAAGCUACGCUCAGCCUAGACCAACUCAUUUUGUUGAGGAUCCGGGGCUCAUUGAUACAGAGGAGCAUCCAGAGCUUUGCCCUUACAAGAACUUGCAGGUCAGCAGACUAAAGCUGGUUGGUGAGGGACAGUGGCCCAUGGAGAGUUUCAUUUCAGGACCACUAUGGUUGCCGUUUCAAGAGCCUCGUUUUCUUUGGCAUGGUGAAAGCAUUGAUUUUUCCCAAGGGCCGAACUUCAAGCAUGAAUCGCGUGAGGAGAAUUUGUCACUGGCAAAGCUAUGGGAUUCACGUGGAUUAUUGGCACUUUAUGAAGAGCCGUUAGCUGAAGGCAUGUUUUCCCGCGUUUUCAAUGCUUACAAGUCUGAGUUUGUCGACCGCCAAAUAGGUGAUCGGAGGAUUCCAAACAUGAUGGAGCGCUCAGUGGAUGGACCCUCACGGCACCUGCCACCUGGGUUUAUGCUUACAAACCUCAGCCUUUGCCCCUAUGUGCAACAACUUUUUGGCAGUGUCACUGACCGCAGAGAUUUCUACCAUCAGGCCGAGGUUUCAGCAGAACGUGCCAGAUCGAACAUGCUGCCUUUCAAGUUUGACACCAAUGAGCUUGCUGGUUUAAGUGCACUUGCGCAUACGCAGCAGCAGGCUGAUGUGCCUUUGAGAAGCAGAAAAGACAGGCAGGUUGUUGGCGAUGGUUUUGGUGGGGAGUCCUGCGUUGAGCUCACUGGCUCUGGAAAAUUCUUCCCUUGCUUCAGAUCACUUUUUCAAGGUGAUCACUUGGGGGUUGAGUUUGCGCUUCAGUCUCAUGAGGAGAUGCUUCAGAGGCAUGGACUUUUGCACGAGACCUACAGAUUGAAGGGCCAUGCCAUCUUCCCACUUGCUGGUAGGUGGGAAGGCCUCAUCAUUGAUGACUAUUUUGUCAUCAGCAGGGAGCAGUUUGGAGCCCAACCUUUGAACACCUUUGCCGGCAGAGCUCUUGCGCAAGCCAGACAGGUUUAUCACAAGUGUGGUGUUUUAGGCUCACCAGAGAAAGAUGUGGAGGCAGCCACGAAGUUCAAAGCAGCUGGGGCUGAGGUUGAUUCCUCCCUAGAGGCUGUGAAGAGAGGCAUCACAACGGUUGCUGCGCCACUUGCCAAGCGCAUUGCUCUUUCCACUCUCUCCCUUCGAGCAGCAGCCCUGCCCCUGGCCUCAGCAAAGCUUUUAGCUAGGCUUUCUGGAAGUUGGACCUCUGUUUUGAUGUACCGAAGAUGUUUCUCUGCAGUGGUUGAGGAGCUGUUUCGUGAUGCCGCUGAAGCAGAAGCAGCCAGAAGUAACAUCUUGCUCCCGCUUCGAAGGAAAGCAGCAACGGAGCUUUGUUUGCUCUCUGUUUUUGCUCCCAUCAUCUCCAGCAACGUAGCAACGAAGUACCAAGAGAAAGUCUUUGCUUCAGAUGCCUCGUUGGGCAGGGGUGCUUUUGUAUCCACUGAGAUUGAUGCUGAGCUUUCAGAAGUGCUAUGGUUGGGGAGUGACAAGCGCGGAUGCUACAGUCGGCUAGAUGGCCCGGAGCUCGCUCUUUUGAGUGCUGCAGGAGAGGAAACACAUGAGCUCCACUCAAGCUUUGUGGCAUUUGGCCUCUUCCCUGGUUGGGGUUUUGCACCAACGAGAUUGAAUGUCGCAGAUGACCCCACCAGAAGGCUCCCUGUCAGACUCCCAGUCCUGCACUCCAUUUCCAGGCACCUCUCCAUAAGCCUUCUGCGCUCUCUCCAUGCCUUGGCACUUCCCCGACACCUCGCAAAUUGGCUCCGCCUUAUCCUUCUGGUUUGGAUUUUGGAUUUUGCUGAAGCUGCUGGGUUUGACUUGGACUUUAGCCCUGCGGCUUCGCCAGAGGGAAAGGUAGACACGAAGGCCACUGUCGGUUCAUCGUUUGCUUUUGGAACUGAGAGCCUUUUUGGAGUACAUGAUUAUGCAGGGCAUAUCUUUUCGGCUUGCAGCAGCUCACUUGCCUGGUUUCAGUCAAUUCCUGCUGGGAUUCUUUUGUAUCUCCUUCUCAUCAUUUUGCUGACCCUUGCCACCAGUUUGUCCUUUGGAUUUGGAUUUUCCCUCUCCGUCUCAAAGCCUAGCAUUGGUCUUGGUCGGUCUGUGUCCCGUAGCUCUAGGCCCCCUAGGUAUCUUUGGAUUUUGGUAGCUUGUCUUGGAUUUCGGGGGGUCUUUGCCAUGGAACCUUUGACUGCAGCUGAACGUGCAAGGGCACAACAUCGAGGUGGAAUCUGCCCUGUGCCUACGCGUGUCGAGCGACAGAAGACGUUGGAUUUCAGACGCGUUUUGCUGGAUGAUUUUAGGUCAUGGCUGCUGAUGACAAUGAGGAGCUUGGAAGGGAAGGGACGAGAUGGAAGUUUAGCCCAGCUUUUUCCACGACAAACUGUGGAGCUGGAGCAGGACCUCGAAGCAAGGUUCGCUUUGGCAUUUGGUCUGCUCUACCAAUGGCAACGCUCCUCGAAGCGAAUCAGUGGGAAUCGGGGGGGGAAACAUCUGGAGCUGGCGAUCGUAGCCGGGCGAUGGUAA